UGCAGCAGCCUGAGCAACUGCCGGGGUUCGGGGACGGCUUCUGUGAGCGCGGGGAGGGGCUCGAAAGUUCGGGCGAGCAGGGUGAGCAGAAUUGGGAGAGCUGCGGGCACCUCAGACUCGAGGCGGGGGUCCUGGGAGCGGCCCCAGCGCGCCAAGACACUCUUGAGCUGGUGGGGAGGGCCCGGCCUGUGGGCCCCCAGGGGCCUGACGGGGAAGGGCGCCUGGGAGUGCAGGAAGCAAAUUGGCUGCCAGGUGUGCAGGAGGGACAAGUGGUUUGGGCUGUCCAGGAAACGUAUCUGAACGGGAAGGGGUCCCAGGAGGGAGAGGGACCCCCCGAGGGGCACAGGACCCGCAGGCGCAGGCGUAGGAGGAGGUGGUAACCCGCAGGCCACCAGCUUGGCACUGGGAUCCCUCCAGGGCCGAAGGGAGUACAAGAUGUAGGAGGUUGGGGAUUGGGGCACAGAACAGCACUGUGAACCUGAGAGCUUCUGAAGCCAUUGCCCAAGGGCAGGAAGUGGCCUGCGGGAUCCUCUUCUGCUUCUUCCUCCUGGGCAUCAUCGAAGAUUUUUCUGCAGGGAGGCAGCUGAAAGAGGCAGAGGCUGGGGAGCAGCAGCAUGCAGCCAGAGGAGGGCACAGGCUGGUUGCUGGAGUUGCUGUCUGAGGUGCAGCUACAGCAGUACUUCCUUCGUCUUCGGGAUGACCUCAAUGUUACCCGUUUGUCCCACUUUGAAUAUGUUAAGAAUGAGGACCUGGAGAAGAUUGGCAUGGGCCGGCCUGGCCAACGGCGGCUGUGGGAAGCUGUGAAGAGAAGGAAAGCCAUGUGCAAACGCAAGUCCUGGAUGAGCAAGGUAUUCAGUGGAAAGCGGCUGGAGGCUGAGUUUCCCCCUCACCACUCUCAGAGCACCUUCCGGAAACCCUCGCCCACCCCGGGGGGUCCAGUGGGCGAGGGGCCCCUACAAAGCCUCACCUGCCUCAUUGGGGAGAAGGACCUGCGCCUCCUUGAGAAGCUGGGAGAUGGCUCCUUUGGCGUAGUACGCAGGGGCGAGUGGGAUGCCCCUGCAGGGAAGACGGUGAGUGUGGCUGUAAAGUGCCUGAAGCCGGAUGUGCUGAGCCAGCCAGAGGCCAUGGACGACUUCAUCCGGGAAGUCAAUGCCAUGCAUUCACUUGACCACCGAAAUCUCAUUCGCCUCUAUGGUGUGGUGCUUACACCACCUAUGAAGAUGGUGACAGAGCUGGCACCUCUGGGAUCUUUGUUGGACAGACUACGUAAGCAUCAGGGUCACUUCCUCCUGGGGACUCUGAGCCGCUAUGCUGUGCAGGUGGCUGAAGGCAUGGGCUACCUGGAGUCCAAGCGCUUUAUUCACCGUGAUCUGGCUGCCCGAAAUCUGCUAUUGGCUACCCGUGACUUGGUCAAGAUUGGGGACUUUGGACUGAUGCGAGCACUACCCCAAAAUGAUGACCACUACGUCAUGCAGGAACAUCGCAAGGUGCCCUUUGCCUGGUGUGCCCCUGAAAGCCUGAAGACACGUACUUUUUCCCAUGCCAGUGACACCUGGAUGUUUGGGGUUACGUUGUGGGAGAUGUUCACCUAUGGCCAGGAGCCCUGGAUUGGCCUCAAUGGCAGUCAGAUUCUGCAUAAGAUUGACAAGGAGGGGGAGCGCCUGCCCCGGCCUGAGGACUGCCCCCAGGACAUCUAUAAUGUUAUGGUCCAGUGCUGGGCUCAUAAGCCGGAAGACAGACCCACCUUUGUGGCCCUGCGGGACUUCCUGCUGGAGGCCCAGCCCACUGAUAUGCGGGCCCUUCAGGACUUUGAGGAACCUGACAAGCUACACAUCCAGAUGAAUGAUGUCAUCACUGUCAUUGAGGGAAGGGCUGAAAACUACUGGUGGCGUGGACAGAACACACGGACGCUGUGUGUAGGACCUUUUCCUCGCAAUGUGGUGACCUCCGUGGCUGGUCUGUCAGCCCAGGACAUUAGCCAGCCCCUACAGAAUAGCUUCAUCCACACAGGGCAUGGCGACAGCGACCCUCGCCACUGUUGGGGCUUCCCUGACAGGAUUGACGAACUGUAUCUGGGAAACCCCAUGGAUCCUCCUGACCUGUUGAGUGUGGAACUGAGCACCUCCCGACCCACCCAGCACCUAGGAAGGGUGAAAAAACCAACCUAUGAUCCUGUGAGUGAGGACCAAGACCUACUGUCUGGUGACUUCAAGAGGCUGGGCCUGCGGAAGCCUGGUCUGCCCCGAGGGCUGUGGCUGUCAAAGCCCUCAGCCCGGGUGCCAGGCACCAAGGCAGGCCGCAGCAGUGGGGGCGAGGUCACGCUCAUUGACUUUGGUGAGGAACCUGUGAUUCCAGCCUCUCGGCCCUGUGCACCCUCUCUGGCACAGCUGGCCAUGGAUGCCUGCUCCUUGCUGGACAAGACCCCUCCACAGAGCCCUACACGGGCACUACCACGACCCCUGCAUCCCACGCCUGUGGUGGAUUGGGAUGCACGCCCGCUUCCUCCUCCCCCUACCUACGAUGAUGUGGCCCAAGACGAAGAUGACUUUGAGGUCUGCUCCAUCAACAGCACCCUGGUGGGUGCAGGGCUUCCUACCGGGCCCAGGCAGGGAGAGACCAAUUACGGCUUUGUGCCAGAGCAAGCGCGGCUCCCUGCUGCCCUGGAGGACAACCUGUUCCUCCCACCCCAAGGUGGGGGCAAGCCUCCCAGCUUGGCCCAGACCUCGGAGAUCUUCCAGGCACUGCAGCAGGAGUGUAUGCGGCAGCUGCAAGUUCCAACUGGCUCACUGGCCCCCUCACCCAGCCCAGGGGCUGAUGAUAAACCCCAGGUGCCUCCCCGGGUACCCAUCCCCCCUCGGCCCACACGCCCACGUGUUGAGCUGUCUCCAGCCCCCUCAGGUGAGGAGGAGAUAGGUCGGUGGCCUGGACCUGCCUCUCCUCCCCGCAUACCUCCCCGGGAACCUCUGUCCCCUCAAGGCUCUAGGACCCCCAGCCCCCUGGUACCACCUGGCAGUUCCCCCCUGCCACCCCGGCUCUCAAGCUCACCUGGGAAGACCAUGCCCACUACCCAGAGCUUCGCUUCAGACCCCAAGUAUGCUACACCCCAGGUGAUCCAGGCUCCUGGCCCACGCACAGGUCCCUGCAUCUUGCCCAUUGUCCGGGAUGGCAAGAAGGUCAGCAACACCCACUAUUACCUGUUGCCUGAGCGCCCGCCCUACUUGGAGCGCUACCAGCGUUACCUGCGUGAGGCCCAGAGCCCUGAAGAGCCGGCCCCUCUGCCUGUGCCCCUGCUGCUGCCCCCACCCAGCACCCCAGCCCCGGCUGCCCCCACUGCCACUGUUCGACCAAUGCCCCAGGCUGCCCCAGACCCCAAGGCCAACUUCUCCACCAACAACAGCAACCUAGGUACCCGGCCACCAUCCCUGAGGGCCACUGCUCGGCUGCCACAGAGGGGCUGCCCUGGGGAUGGGCCAGAGGCUGGCCGGCCAGCAGACAAGAUCCAGAUGCUGCAGGCCAUGGUGCAUGGGGUGACCACAGAGGAGUGCCAGGCGGCCCUGCAGAGCCACAGCUGGAGCGUGCAGAGGGCUGCCCAGUAUCUGAAGGUGGAGCAGCUCUUUGGGCUGGGUCUGCGGCCACGGGUGGAGUGCCACAAAGUGCUAGAGAUGUUCGACUGGAACCUAGAGCAAGCUGGCUGUCACCUUCUGGGCUCCUGUGGCCCUGCCCACCACAAGCGCUGAGAGGUGUCUGGAGAUUUGAGAUUCUGCUCUGAAGGAAUCACUUGAGCCUAUCCAUGUGACUAGGGUAGGGAGACACUCCCACCCAGACCUGGAGGAACUGCUGCUAUCUGCUGCUCCCAGUGGACAGAGUAAAGCCAAGGCAGCAGGAGGCUGAGAAUCCUGCCUUGCCCAUCUCCCCAACCAAGCACUGACCCUGCACACUUUGGUUUAGACCUCAGUGUCCCAGCUAAGAGGUGGGAAGGAGCCCUGUAACAAGCUGGGGGCUGCCUCAGCAGGCCCUAUGUGUGACUUGCCUCUAGCUCCAGUUUUUGACAGGGCCUGUGACAGGGGUGUGUCCUCAGGCCCUGCCCAGGGGAACAAGACUGAGAGGAAACCAGGCAUGUCCUGGGCAGGGAGGAUAUAUUGACCCUACAGAAAGGUGGGUCAGCACCUGGAAAACUCUAAGGGCUGGGCCCUUUUCCAGAGAGCCCCUGGCAGUCAGUUGGGGGUGCCAGACAGAAUGUGACUUGUGGCCUCACCGUGGACAUGUUAUGAGGCUUGUUUGGUCUUAGAAUCUUGUGCCUGGAUAUAGCUCAUGGUUGUUUAGGAAGCAGAGAAGGGGUGCCAGACCAUCUUCUGGCAGGGACCAGGGCCGUAGGCCCCAGGGUUGUAAGGAGACCAAUGGAGCAUCUGCCCUGGGGGAAUACCAGUGCUUCCUGUUUGAUCCUAUUCCACGCCCCGCCCCGUGCCAUCCAUAUUUUCCCACCAGCCUCUGUGGCCAAAGUUGCUGCCCCAGCUAUCGAUACUGCUUCUUCCAGAGAAAUAAAGUUAGUUUCUAUUUUAUGUUA